UUCUAAUCAGGCCGAGAAUGAGAGGUCUCACGUCUUCAUUUGACCAGUACUACGUCGUAUGGAGUAUGGGUUCGUUCUAUACUGAGACUAGACGAGACGGUUUCUGGCUUAAAAAUUACCGCAUCACAGCCUUGUCGUAUCUACAGCAUUUUUAGCUUCAAGAAUCCGUUAGAGAAAACCCUAGCUAGUUUCUCACCGGUCCAGUAGAAGAAGAGAUCGGAUUAAGAUGGCGAUGGCUGCUCUGAUUCGUGAAGGGAGGCGUUUGGGCGCCGCUCCAUUCUCUUCUACUAACACUCUCAUUGCGUACCGACCAUCUAUUGUCUCCAAUUCCGAGGAGAUAUGCUCAACAGGAGUCCGCUUUAUAUCUACACAAGUUGUGAGGAACCGGAUGAAGAGUGUUAAAAACAUUCAAAAAAUCACAAAAGCAAUGAAGAUGGUUGCAGCUUCAAAGCUUCGAGCUGUACAGGGUAGAACAGAAAAUUCACGUGGCCUUUGGCAGCCAUUUACUGCGCUUCUUGGUGACACUCCUAGUGUUGAUGUGAAGAAAAAUGUCAUCAUUACUAUUUCUUCAGACAAAGGUCUUUGUGGAGGAAUCAAUUCUACAUCUGUCAAGACAAGUCGAAAUAUUAACAAGUUAAAUUCUGGCCCUGAGAAGGAAAACAAAUAUGUAAUUCUGGGAGAGAAGGCAAAGGCUCAGCUGUUGCGUGAUUCUAAGAAAGAUAUUGAAUUGGUUAUGACUGAGUUGCAAAAGAACCCUCUCAACUAUACACAGGUUUCUGUGAUAGCUGAUGACAUCCUAAAAAACGUGGAGUUCGAUGCUCUAAGAAUUGUUUUCAACAAGUUCCAGUCAGUUGUCUCAUUCAUACCAACAAUGGCCACUGUAUUAUCACCUGAGGCUGUGGAGAGAGAGUCUGAAUCUGGGGGGAAGCUUGGGGAUUUGGAUUCUUAUGAAAUUGAAGGUGCUGAGUCCAAGUCUGAAAUCCUUCAGAAUCUCACGGAGUUCCAAUUUUCAUGUGUUCUAUUCAAUGCUGUUCUGGAGAAUGCUUGCAGUGAGCAAGGGGCAAGGAUGUCUGCGAUGGACAGCUCCAGUAGGAAUGCUGGUGAAAUGCUUGAUCGCCUCACCCUUACCUACAACAGAACCCGCCAAGCAUCCAUCACCACAGAACUGAUAGAGAUCAUAUCUGGAGCAUCAGCACUGGAAGGAUGAUUCAGUAUUUUUUCUGCUUAAUUUCUGAUGGUGAUGAAAUAAAAUACUACGAGGGCUGGUGUUGCACUUAGUUCUCCCAUAGCUUACUCCAGAUUUUUAAAUGGUGGUUAAUAAUCUUCUCGUUGUUCGUUAUAAUUUUGUGUUCUGGAUGAAAUUGUGGUUGUGAAACCUGCCACCCUCUCCCCUGAAUUGCCAGUCACUCCAUAGCGCAGAUAUCACCCUUCCCAAAAGGCCAAAAGGUGUGACCCCUUUGAGUAUAUUACAUUUAGGUGCUGGCACAUGUUCAUUGUAGUGGGAAAAUUUGUAUUUAUGCUUUGAGGUCCACUCUAAUCUUUUGCUUUAAUAACAGUCAUUUUUACCGUUUAGAUGUUAAUUUGAGCAGCGAAUUAAAUGUAGAUCCAUAUCCAUAAAAAAUGCAUAUCUGAAUAGGAUACAAUCCAA